AUGAGGGUCACUUGCCCUCGUAUCCUCCUCGUUAUUUUAAUUUGCAGCAUUGGAGCGUUUAUUGGGACAAUCCACGCUCUUCGGCCUUUGUCAAAUGUCAUCAAGCGCUUCCCAGGCGAUUCACACAGUAGUGUCACCAGAGAAAAGGCACGAGAAUGUAACGCAGACGAUCCGGAAAGCUGGGGUUACGCAGCUUAUAGCAUCCUUAUCAAAUGCAUUCUGGGUAACCUUGACGACAUUUUGAAAAGUGAUUUGGCCAUUGGAACUACUAUACUCGGUUUGGUACCAAGUUUCUUGAUAAUUGGCGCUGCACAGCCUGAAGAGACUGUGCACCUGGCUCUUGUGUCGCCACAUAGGGCAUUGGCAGUGUCUAUCUUUGGUAUUGCGCUAUCUCCAAGUUUGUUCAAGUGGGUGACCCCUCUGAAGACACCCUUGAGAGAAUAUUCCGAAAAGAUGUGGGAUAUUGAACUUGCUCGCAUGGCAUCCGUCGCUUUGUGGCAGAACUGGAACGUCAACUCGGCUGUUAUGGUUCAGUGGCUGUGCGAGUCUCCUCUUAUGAUUUUUACAUGGCCUCUGGCAAACAUGAUCUGGGUCAUCUUUUCCGUGCUGCUGCUUCACUUAAUGGCCAAGGACAUACGAUCCCAGCAUAUUUCGCUCGACAUUACCUAUAGCUGGUGGGAAGUGCUUCUUCUACCAUACACGCUGGACAUUGAAAAACUAUAUGAAUGGAAGGUGGAUUCGAUUUCUGUACUGUCGACGCCACAUCUCAAGCUUCCAUAUCUACAGUUCGAGCUAAUUCGUCCAGCAAUGUCGAGAGACUCACACUAUACGAAUCUUUGUCAAGAUGACUGA